CAAGAAACACGCAGCAAGACUAUUACCAAAAUUACAGAAAGGAGAGACUAUGGGUAAAGAGACAAAGGAAAUGUGGGAAAGUAUCGCCUAAAGCAUCGCCAAGAUCUUAUGUGGUGUGUACCCAGAAGGGAACUUCCAAAGAAACCGACGUCACUUGAAUCUGGAAGAGGAAAGCACAGAAACCUAGAACGACAGAGAUACGGAAAAGCAAAUGCAGACAACACCAAUCCAGAAAAACAAGAGGAGCAAGAGAGUAGAAUGGACCAAGACGGCAGAAGAGACCAAAACGACAGGUGAAGGAAUUCUCUCGUUUGCCACAUUUCACAAUUAUUUUAAUUGGAGGAUUGAAAAAAGAACACAUCAAUUUUUUGAGAAAACAGUCUGGUCGUGAAUUUCGUCGAGGAUUGGCUCAUAUCUACCAUUUCUAUUUGCAUGGUAGUCAUGGUAUAUCUACUACAACAGAGAGGAAAAACCAACAUGACAAACUAUUACUAACAGUGACAUACUACCAUCGAGGUGGAGAAAUGAAGGCAUUUGAUUUAAGUGAAGAAUCUGGUGAUGUGGAGAGCCUCUACCAAUUAAAUGCUAGAAGCUCUUAUAAUUUUUCUGUUGACUUAAGAAUUCAAGAGAAGUCUGGAGACAGAGUUUAUCCUGUACAGGGCUUACUGCUGUAUUUUCCAUCAACUCUUGCUGAUGGUGAGACAAUUCCAUACCCAUAUGAUAAGCAUGAAUUAUUCGAAUGUUUCUGGCAAGGGAGGCUCAUACCUCGGACUGUCAUACCUUGUUUGGAUUUCUGUAAGUUGAAGAAACCACGAAUUGCUGCUCAGAGAGACAAAUUGCCAGAUAGUUGCUUCAAGAGACUAAAAGGAAUGCUGUUUUUUGAUCGAACCAUGCUGACAGGACAUAACAAGCUGAAUCUUCUUUUGCCAUCUGAUAUGCUAGGUCGUCGUCUCAAUGAUUGCUUUCACAAACGUGAAGAAAAGAGAUUUUGUGACUGGUUGUCCAAAUGUCACAAAUGUUUAGACGAAGAGUGGGUUUUCUGUGAUGAAACAGAGGUUGGAAGUGGAAAAUACAGAACACUUCAGUUGUCAGGAUCUGUUCAUGGCUGUGUUUUGAGAGCAGGAGAUUAUAUCUGUGUGAAACGCACAAAUCCACACAUGUAUGGAAAGAUAGAGUAUUUUAGCAAAGAGAAGGACAGUGUCUUUAUUUCAAGAAGGCCGUGUAAGCAAACAUUAGAUUUAGGGAAGUACGUGUUACAAUUUAGCAAGUUUGUUGGAUUAAAACAAUAGUAUGUCAAGAGUCUCGUUAUCACCAUG